AGAAUUCAAAAUUUGUGAUAAACUACCGGUAUAUCUAAAUGAUUUAAGCUACAUGUGCCAGUACAUUAGUUUCAACAAAAUGUACAUCUAAGUGAGGUUUGGAACCCCUAACAGUCUGCCAGCAUCCCAUGUAACAGAUUGCAUUGAAUAUGAUACAUGUACAUGUACAUGUAGAUUCAGAGAACAUGAUACAGUGUAAAUAAGGUCUAUUAGAUACGUGUAGUUUCGAGACUGUUUUACAGGUGAAAUCUGACUACUUUUAUUAGGGAUAUGAGCUGUUUUUAGUAAAACAUACCUGUAUCUUGAUAUUCCUGCAGUGUAUGGCACACCCUACAGUAUCCCAAUCAUAUCACCAUGUGGUCAUGUGAUUGAAACAAGAUAUCCCCAAACUGAAGCCCAGAAGCCUACUGCCCAUUUUUCACCUCAUGCCAUUUACUUGGCCAUCAGAGAGAUUUCUUCAAUGACAGUAAUGAACUGCUGUGAUUUCUAGAGGGUUUUAAUAGCAGACAGGGUAUGAAUUGUGUCCCAAAUUAUUGAGAUUACUUGAUAGUGAUAUUUACAAUGUAUUUCCUAGGAAUUCUUUCAGUGUUCACCAUGCCAUCAGCUGGGGCUGUAGCUGCACCUAGUAUCAUCCCACUGAGAGUACCACAACCUGGAAGAACAGCCAACCAGGUUGAUACUAACACACUCAUAGAAAUUAAAUCAGAGACUCCUGAUGCAAUCAUUUACCUAACAACAAAUGGUAAUCGACCUGAUCCUUACCGUAAGGCAGAUAAGAACACCAUCAAGUACAAAGGACCAUUCCUUCUCAACGAGGGCAAGAGAACUAUCAAAGCUAUUGCUGUCUCCAGGUACAUUGAUAGACGGAGUGAGAGCCAUGUAGUCAGUAAGGUGUUUACCGUAUCCUAUGCUAAUCCUGAACCUGAAGCUUAUGAAGAUGAUGAAGCUAGUUUUAUCAUGGACUCUAGGCCCAGGAGCUCACUCAGGAGGUCACAUCAAUUUAGUGAUGUUGAUGAUAUCAUUGAUGUCACAAGAUCAACUAACCAUUUGUCCCUGUCAAAAUCGUAUCAGGGUCUGGGCAACUCUGGGAUGACAGGUCCAUACAAUGCAUGGGGCUCCACUGCUCCUACUCAAGCACUCACUACCCUACAGAAGAACCCUGACUACAUGUUUCACUAUCAUAUGCAUCAACAGACCAGUCCCAGGCAAAGCCAGCCACCUGUUCAGUAUCACCAGCCACCUCAACCCCAACCACCACAGCAACCACAACAUGUACAACCACCUGUCAUCGUUGAUCCCUAUGCCAAUAGCUGGCGCCCUGUUAGCGUACCUUUACCAGCAGUUCUCAAUCAAGAGAUAGGAACACAAACUGUGGGCUUGUUCUAUCCAACUCAUGAGCAGCUCAGUAGGAGAGAACGAGAUGUAGAGGAUGUGAGAAUGAUGAGAGAGUCAUCCACAUCAAUGAAGACUGAGAAACCUAACUUAAUGGAGACAAGUCCAGGCAAAGGUUACUGGAAGAAACAACUUGGUCAUAUAGUGGCUCACCUGGAAGCCUUUACUCAGAAGGAGGCAGAGUUCCGAGCAGACAUUGGGAAACCAAAGAUGGGGAAGAUAACUUCUGCUAGUGUUGAAGAUGAUGGCGUGGAUGUAACUAUCACCAUCAGCUUAGAAUCCCAUACAGACACACCUGCAGUCAGACCCAAUAGAGCAUCAAUUGCAAGAAAGGAAGCACUAUUGACCAAGUCUCUUGCAAAAGACAGCGAAUCUGACUCUCCCUAUGGCAAAGCAAAGAAAAAGCCAUUGACUAAGAAACUUGCUGCAAAGAAGAAAGCUGCAGAAGAAGAAAGGCUGUCUGAAGAAGAUCGUUAUUUAUUUAAGGAAGUUGGACCUAAGGGAGAUGGGGAUCCAGACAAUGUUCAAGACCUGCUAGAUGAUGGUGCAGACCCAAAUUGUGCAAAUAAGGAUGGUGUACCUGUUCUGAUUGUUGCGACCAUAAACAACCAUGCAGAAAGUUUGCCUGUACUGAUAGAUGCAGGAGCCAGGGUCAGUGCUAAAGCACCCAGCAGGAAGGGCAACACAGCUCUCCAUGAAGCAGUUCUCCUUGGACCCGAUGGACAAGAAGCAAUCGAAUCUCUCCUGGAGGGAGGCGCAAGUGCCAAAGCCAAGAAUGCUAAGGGUGAGACACCUUAUGAUCUUGCUGUCAAGAAUGGCUAUGACAGCAUCGUGGCUUUGUUUGCAUCUAGCAUGGGUCAAGACAUGCUAGAUAAGAUGUCAGAUACAAAGAAAGGAAGCAAAGAUAAGGCUGGAAGAGGAAAGGCCAAGAAAGCCAAGGCAGAAGAAGAGGACAGUGAAGAGGAAUACGUUGUGAAAAAAAGAAAGGCAUACAAGGAGAAACGACCACAGGAUAAAGGUACAGUGGUGGCGGCAUCACCUUUUGAUGCUCAGGCAGAUGCUGAGAAACUUCGCAAAGCCAUGAAGGGACUGGGUACUGAUGAAAAGAGCAUCAUUGAGGUGGUAACACAUCGCUCUAAUGUGCAACGACAAAAAAUUUCCAAACAGUUCAAGCAGAUGUUUGGGAAGGAUUUAAUCAAGGAGUUCAAGGGAGAAUUGAGUGGCAAACUGUUGGAUGUUGUUAAUGGAUUAAUGAUGACACCGGAAAAAUAUGAUGCCUAUCAGUUACACAAGGCUAUUAAGGGUCUAGGCACAGAUGAGGCUGUGUUGAUUGAGAUCCUCUGUACUAGAAGCAAUGCAUCCAUUGAUGCCAUCAAAUCUGCAUAUGAAACAGCUUACAACCAAAAUCUGGAGGAGGAUGUAGCUGAUGACACAUCAGGGAACUUCCAACGUCUGUUGGUGUCUGUUCUUCAAGGAGCUCGUCCUGAGGGUGAUGAAGUAGACCCAGACAAAGCACAGGCAGAUGCCAUGGCUCUCUACAAAGCUGGGGAAGACAAGUGGGGAACUGAUGAGUCCAGAUUCAAUGUCAUCAUAAUGUCACGUAGCUAUGCUCAGCUACGUGCAACAUUUGAGGAGUAUGCUAAGAUCUCAAAGAAUGACAUUGAGCAGGCAAUAAAGAAAGAAAUGAGUGGUGACUUAAAGGAAGGAAUGCUGACUGUAGUGAGGUGUGUCCGUAACAAACACAAGUUCUUUGCUGACAAACUCUACAAGUGUAUGAAGGGCCUCGGUACUGAUGAUGACUCACUGAUGAGGAUCUUAAUUUCCCGAUGUGAGGUCGAUAUGCAGAAUGUUAAAGCAGAAUUUCAAAAGGCUUAUAACCAGACACUUGGAAAAUUCAUUGCAGAUGACACCUCAGGAGACUACAAAAGGAUUCUUGUUGCUUUGGUUGGAGGAGAAAGCUAAAAAACUCUUCAAGUAUUAUGCAUUCACUGAGCAUGAAUACUGGACUGGAUUUCAGGAAGACAUGGCUACAUCAGUAGGUUCAUUUUUUAUAACUUCAGUAACAUUUGCUAAUAAGUUCUUGAAUUUUACUCAGUUGUGUGUAAUGAGCAAGUCCCUGCUUGGCAAGGAUCAAACAGCAGGUAAUUUGCACAGUUCUCUGUACGUGUUUUAUGUCGAUACAUUCCAAGCUAUAAUUGGUAGCUAACUGUGUGUGUAAGCCCAAGAUAAAAAGUAACAGACAUAUUGCGUUCAACCAGCUCAAGUCAAGAAGUAUGAAACUCUAUUUUUAGGUGUAUUUUCAGAUGUACAUGUACUACAAAGUGUGUGGCUAUUGAGUGUAAUUUGUUUGUGCAACAUUAGAUAGCUGUGACUCAAGUCACGUAUUUGUACAAUAAUUUGUUUGGUAUCUACAGUGAGCAUUCAACCAAAAUUGUGUGUGAAAUCUGACAGACUAAAUAAUUGAUGUUCAUCUAAUUCUUGAAUGGGAUUUUAAUGACAUAUUUCAGAUCAUGAACUGUAUAUAAAGGUGUAUAACUUAUCACAUGUGUUAUAGAUCAGUAUUUUCUUAACAUGCUUGUUUUAUCAAAACAACUUCAUUCUUUCUUAAAACUGUUAUUGAGUUCUAGUGAAAACUGUAUUGAAGCUAAGAAUGCAGAGUUACCGAAUCAAGAUGAUCAGUUAAGUUGCCAAAUCAGAAUUUCAAAUAAUGGCUCAAAUCACUGUUAUCAAUCUAUUCUGAGAAAGCUGGAAAUUUAAAUUGGUAUCAAUUUGCUUGUAGCUAUUAAUGCUCUGAAAUAAGUAUACAUUGUAUGUGUAUUUGUUAUUCUUAAAGUUCUUUUCUUGAAUUUCCUUCAAGCGUUUAGGAUACAGCUUAACCAAUAGGUGUUUAAAAAAUGUAUAAAUAGUGCAUUUCAUUUUGUUCGUAUCUGCUGGAAAAAUUAUUGAUAUUCAACUUGGCAAUUUAGUUCUUGCAAUGUGUCAAAGAUAAAAGUACCAAUGUUAAAGUUGCAUCUUGGUCGUGGAGUGCCCCAUGUUCAUGCAUGGUUGAGUUGAGAAAUAGAAUUUGAAUGAAAUUAAAGUGAGGUACAUGUACGUUAUUGUCUUUAUUUGAAAAAAAAACAGCAGUAAAGCUUAGUUUGCAUGUUGACAUAAAGUGUGGCAAAGAGUAUCUCAGAACAGUCUCCGCUUGUGGAAAGUUUUAUCUUUGCUAACGUUAACAAAUGCAUGCAGACAGUCAACAAAGCUGGAUCAUUUUGAGCUCUGGUGACUGUGUCAAGUUGUUAAAGUAAGCUCGUAAAAAAUGUGUGCUGGUAUGAUAUGUCACACAUAUACCCAUUUUCUCAUUUUAAUUAACUUUGAAGUGACAUCAAAUUGUCCAAAAUUAAAAAUAUUCAACCACUUUAAAGGGUACAUGUAGCUGCAAUCUAUUUUUUUGCCUACAAACCUGUAAAUGCACCUUUGUGCCUCAGUGAACCUCAUUUUAAACAUUGGUUUGACUAUUUGACAGGGUAUUUUAAUACCUUUUUGGUUUUAUGCUAAUGAGAUUUCCAUAUUCUUGAGCAAAACUGAUGUCAUCUUAGGAAGAAGCCUCCAUGUUACAUUGGUUUGUGCACAAAAAUGUCCUGCGUUUUUGUAGAUUUUCCUGCACUAAAUUUUCUCUUCUUAGCCAAUUCAUCGUUGUGUGCAUAGCAAUAAGAAACCAUCAAUCCCACUCUCAGACAUGUUAUCAGUUACUAAAUUCUGGGUUAACAAUUUGAACACAAAUACCUACAUGUAUGCACUGAGCCAUGUCUUCCCUAGAUAACUUCACAGCAACAGUGGCCUCAAUUGUCUGGGAAACAUGGAUAAUUUUGACUGUUUAAAAGUAUGCAUUUUUUAGUGCAUUUAACGAAAUAGGGGUGUGGAAGAGUUUUCAUGCAUUGAAGAAAAGUACAAAGAUGCAGAAAAUAUGUGUUGAAGAAAAAUUCAUUGCAGCUACACUUUAAUAAUAAAUAGUGUUUCCCAUGAAUGUAUGGGAUGCUGUUUUGUAACAAGUAUUUUGGUUGAAUAAUAUCAUUCACUAUCUCUUCUGUGACUUUGUCUUUGACAUCAUGUGCUGUUGGUAUUUGUUAUGACAAUAUGGGAAACAAGGCUUUAUUAUUAAAUCUUCAAGUAAUACCAGUGAAUGCACUAGUAAAUGGCAAUACUUGUGUACAUUCAAUAAAUGUACAAUUGAAUCUCUUUAAUAAGAGCACUGUUAAUACAACAUUCUGCUUGUAACAAGGUAGUUUUUAGGUUCCAAUCCUUUGUUUUUCAUUGUUUUUAUUGGUGGUAAUACAAGGCUCUUGUCAUAACAAGGUAAUCUGCAUAGUCCAAAGGACUUCUUAGUUAUAAGGUUUGACAGUAUCCACUGGCCUACUGUUAGAUAGGAUAGUGAACCAUAAUAAUGUUGAACCUAAAGACUUAAUGUAAAGUUAGGUUUGAAUUCCACCAAAAUUGAAACAUACAGUUCUGGCAAGAAUAAUGUGGAUAAGUUACUUCUGUUAAUGCAUACAUGGUUGUGUGAGAAUUUACCGUUACUGCAGUCCAUUAAAUUAAAAAGACAAGAA